UGUUCUGAACACUUUCUGCCUUUCUAACAAUGAACAGUACAAAAUCACUGCCGUUGGCUGGAAUUGGUGUAUUUUCCAACACUACCUGCCCCACAGAAAAGAAGAUCUCUGUGUUUUUUUCUGUUAUCUUCAUGACGGUGGGGAUUUUAUCCAACAGUCUUGCAAUAGCAAUUCUCAUGAAGGCAUAUCAGAGGUUUAGACAGAAAUCAAAGGCAUCUUUUUUGCUUUUUGCCAGUGGCUUGGUUAUCACAGAUCUGCUGGGCCAUCUAAUCACAGGAACCAUUGCAGUUUUUGUGUAUGCAUCGGACAAAGACUGGAUUCGAUUUAAUCAGUCAAACGUUCUCUGCAGUGUUUUUGGAAUGUGUAUGGUAUUCUUUGGACUAUGUCCUCUUUUUCUGGGCAGUGUGAUGGCUGUUGAACGCUGCAUUGGAGUCACUAAACCAAUAUUCCAUUCAACAAAAAUGACUUCUAGACAUGUAAAACUGAUGUUGACUAUGGUAUGUCUUUUUGCCAUUUUCAUAGCUUUGUUGCCUAUACUUAGGUUACGAGCUUAUCAAAUUCAGGCAUCAAGAACCUGGUGCUUCUAUAGAACAGAGCAUUUUGAAGACUGGGAAGACAGAUUUUACCUCUUGCUUUUUUCAUGCUUGGGUUUACUAGCCCUUGCUAUUUCAUUUGUAUGCAAUGCUGUGACGGGAAUUACACUUUUAAGAGUCAAAUUUAAAAGUCAACAUAGACAAGGCAGAUCUCAUCAUUUUGAGAUGAUCAUUCAGCUCUUGGCUAUAAUGUGUGUCUCUUGUAUUUGCUGGAGCCCUUUCCUGGUUACCAUUGCUAAUAUUGGAAUAAAUGAAAAGAAUUCUUCGGAAUCCUGUGAAACAAUACUUUUUGCUCUUCGAAUGGCGACGUGGAACCAAAUUUUAGAUCCAUGGGUAUAUAUUCUUCUCAGAAAAGCUGUUCUUAAGAAACUCUUCCAGAUUGCUAGAAGAUUUUGCGGCAUGCACCUCAUUACCUUUCAUACAUGGGAACUCAGCUCCAUUAAAAAUUCUUUAAAAGUGGCAGCUGUUUCAGACUCACCAGUUAACUCCAAGCAAACAAAUUUGCAGCUACUCAGUUCACCAGUGCCGUAAAGAGAAGCACGUGGAAUUCUGGACACAUCAAAAUACGUCUGAAUGGGCUGA